AUGUCCACAUCAAACGCCUCAUCCAUUCCCCAGAUCCAGCUGCUCUGCAUGGAGAAGCGGCACUUCGACGCUUUCGAAAAAGGCAGGAAAAUCUGGGAAUUGCACGACUCCGUCCGCGUCGAAAUGUUCGAAUGUCCGCUGUCCUGGCUCCCAGAAUCGGUCCAAUUCGACACCAUCGUGUCGCCCGCCAACUCCUACGGCCGCCUCGACGGCGCCUUCGACGAUGCCAUCUCGCGCGUCUUGUCCCCCAGGGACGACUACCUCGCCCUCACGCACGUCGCGCAGAAGAAACUGUACGAGCAGUGGCGGGGUUUCGCGCCGCCGGGCACUUGCACGCUGGUCCGCAUCCCGGACGACUUCCACGCACGCUCUCGCAAUGUCUGGGGGGCCCGCCGCGUCGCUCUCUGCCCAACCAUGCGGACGCCGGCGGACGUGACCUGGGACCACGAAGUCGUGUAUGAAUGCAUUUGGAGCUUGCUCUGCGCGGUUGAUAAUCACAACCGGAGCGUGCGGGCAGGCAAGGCGGCGGAGGGGGAAGAGGAGAUUCGUAGUAUCCUCAUGACUCCGCUGGCGACGGGCGUGGGUCGUGUGUCACCCGAGAGAUGGGCUUCGCAGGCCAUCCUGGCGAUGAACCAUUUCGUUGAGGCGUGUGAGAAUCCGGCGAAAUGGAGUAAGCUUGAGUGGAGCGAACUCGAAAAGCACUGCGAGGAGGUUGAGGCGACUUGGAAGCAGACUCAUGCAUGA